AUGGCCGACUGGGAGAACCCGGCCAGUGGAGCUGGCGCUGGUACUAAGCCGGAUGACCCUUCCAACCACCCACAGAAUGAUGAGACCAAAGGACCAAAGGACCUUUCGUCUGCGCAGGGCUGGGUUCAGCGCACUGACAUUGACUACGAGGCCUACACUGGCAACCCUUCCGAUCGUCCUCAGUGGGAUGGAAGCGCCCCGCUUUACAACUGGGAUGGUGAGGAGGGUGACCUAGGUCCUGAGUACCCAGAGCUGGAGAAACAGCUUUUCGGCGAGCGUGGCGAAUCUUGUGCCGGCAUUGACUUCAAGGUCAUUCGAGAGAUCGCUGUGGUUCAAGAGGGCCCCGUUCGCGUCGAACCUGCCCUUAGAUUCGAGGAUGCUGGUCUCCAUCCGGCCAUGUUGAAGAACGUCGAGUUGUGCGGCUACAAAGUGCCGACACCUAUUCAGGCUUAUUGCAUGCCUGCAAUUCACAAAGGUCACGACGUCAUCGGUAUCGCUCAAACUGGAUCUGGAAAGACCGCUGCCUUCCUCAUCCCAGUUAUCAACAAAUUGAUGGGAAAGGCCAAGAAGCUUGCUGCGCCCCGUCCCAACCCAGUUGAGUAUAACAUGGAGCUGUAUGGCCCUGUCCGAGCCGAACCUUUGGUCGUAAUUGUUUGCCCUACCCGCGAGCUCGCCAUUCAGGCUUUCAAUGAGGCUCGUAAGCUGUGCUACCGGAGUAUGCUUCGACCGGGUGUCGUUUAUGGCGGAGGUAACUUCAUGGACCAGAUCCGCCAGAUUGGCCUUGGAUGUGACAUUCUCUGCGCAACUCCGGGCCGCUUGCUUCAUUUCAUGGACAAGCCCGAGCUUUUGAACCUCCAGCGCGUCCGCUAUGUGGUUAUUGAUGAGGCUGACGAGAUGCUCACUGCUGACUGGGAGGGGGACAUGAAGAAGAUAAUGAGUGCUGGCGGCGCCGCGCAAGAGAUCAAGUACUUGCUCUUUUCUGCAACAUUCCCCAAGAAGAUCCGCGAUCUGGCCCGAGAGCAUCUCUCGGAGGACCACGUCCAGCUCCGUGUUGGCCGAGCGGGAAGCACCCACGCAAAUAUCAUUCAGACUGUCAUCGAGACAGCUCCCAUGAACAAGAAGCGGGCUUUGGAUGACCUCAUCAACUCAAUGCCACCUCAGCGCACGAUAAUCUUCGUCAACAACAAAUGGACUGCUGAUGAGCUCGAUGACUACCUUUACAAUGACUGCAAGCUGCCCUGCACCUCUAUGCAUGCUGAUCGUACCCAGCGUGAGCGUGAGGAUGCCCUUCGUGCGUUUCGCGCAGGAACUGCUCCCAUACUCGUCACAACUGGUGUCACAGCUCGUGGCAUUGAUGUGCGCAAUGUGGCUCACGUCGUCAACUACGACCUCCCUUCGAUGGAUCAUGGCGGCAUCGAGGAAUACACCCAUCGCAUCGGUCGCACUGGACGUAUUGGCAACAAGGGACUGGCCACUUCUUUCUACACAGAUCGUGAUGAGCCCAUAGCCAGUGUUCUGGUGCGCACCAUGCUUGAAACCAACCAGGAGAUCCCCGAGUUUCUGUCGGGCUACAUCCCAGCUGGUGAUGCCCGCGAGAACCUCAAGUUUGAAGCCGAUUCUGACUUUGAGGAGGAUGCCGAUGGCGACAACAAUGCAAGCGGUGGAUGGGGAUCCACUGACAAUGGCCAAGAUGGAAACACUGAGGGGGCAACCAGUGAGCAUGCCACCGACGGUGACAACAACAACGGCUGGGGCACCCAGGAGCCAGUUGCCAAAUCUACCGAUGUUGGCUGGGGUCCUGUCAAGGCAAAUGCCGAUGCAAAGAUGGACAGUUCGUGGACUAAGGGCAAAGGCUGGUAA